GCAAUCGGCAAGGAUCUGUCCAAGAUCUCUGUGCCUGUGUUCUUCAACGAGCCAUCGUCGUUCCUGCAGCGGUUUACCGAGGACAUGGAGUACUGCGAUCUACUGGAGAUCGCGACGCUUCUGCGGCGCAGCGAGGACCGCACGCUAUUUGUAGCUGGCUUCGCCAUGAGCAACUACGCGUCAACCUUUGGCCGCAUCGCCAAGCCGUUCAACCCGCUGCUGGGCGAGACAUUCGAGUACGUCAGGCGGGACAAAAAGUACCGCGCGCUGUCGGAGCAGGUCGAGCACCACCCGCCAAUCUCCGCGUGCUGGGUCGAGGGCAAGAACUACACGUACCAUGCCGACACGAACAUCCGCUCCAAGUUCAACGGCGGCUCGCUGACCGUGGUCCCGACGGGCGUGUGCCACGGGUACUUCACCGAGCACUACACGUGGGACAAGCUGACGACGAACGUGAACGGCAUCAUGAUUGCCAACUUCUGGAUCGAGCAUGUCGGCGACCUGAACGUGCGCAACCACCGCACCGGCGACCUGACAAAAAUCACCUUUAUGCAGUCCAACUGGAUGGGCAAGAACAAGUUCCGCGUGACUGGCGAGGCCCGUAACCGCCGGGGCUCCAUUGUCCACGAAAUCGCCGGCGACUGGACCUCCAAGCUGGUCGCCAAGCCUGUCGGCCACCGUGGAGACUCCGAGGCCACCGACAUCCCGCGCCCGGCACGCCCGUUCGUGCUCUGGAAGGCCAAUGCACGCGGCGAAAACGCCUACCACCUAACCAACUUUGCCGUGUCGCUCAAUGAUAAGCCCGCCGGGCUCGAGCCGUACCUGUGCCCGACCGACUCGCGCUUCCGCCCUGACCAGCGCGCGAUGGAGACCGGCGAAUACGAGCUCGCCGACCGUGAAAAGUCGCGCUUGGAGAAUAAGCAGCGUGCAACACGGCGGCGCCGCGAGCAAGGCGAGCUGAAGCCAUGGAAGCCACGCUGGUUCGUCAAGGACACUGACAAGGAUUCGGGCGAGUCCUACUGGCGCUUCACCGGCGAAUACUGGGCUGAGCGCGAGCGUGCCGCAAAGCACCAGACCAGUGGCCCGCCCAAGAUUGACGCAUGGGAGGACGUCGAGGAUAUCUUUUGA